UCCGCGCAGCCGGCCCCCAGCAGCCCCUCGCCGUCCCCAAGAGGACUUUGCAGCCUCCCUCUCUCGGCUGUCCGAGCGAGCCCCGCCGCAACCCGCGAGCCGAUGGAGUUGGACCACAGGACGACCGGCGGCCUCCACGCCUACCCCGCGCCCCGCGGCGGGCCGGCCGCCAAGCCCAACGUGAUCCUGCAGAUCGGUAAGUGCCGGGCGGAGAUGCUCGAGCACGUGCGGAGGACCCACCGGCACCUGCUCACCGAGGUGUCCAAGCAAGUGGAGCGGGAGCUGAAGGGGCUGCACCGGUCCGUGGGCAAGCUGGAGAGCAACCUGGACGGGUACGUGCCCACCGGCGACUCGCAGCGCUGGAAGAAGUCCAUCAAGGCCUGCCUGAGCCGCUGCCAGGAGACCAUCGCCAACCUGGAGCGCUGGGUCAAGCGGGAGAUGCACGUGUGGCGGGAGGUCUUCUACCGGCUGGAGAGGUGGGCCGACCGCCUGGAGUCCGCGGGCGGCAAGUACCCGGUGGGCAGCGACCCAGCGCGCCACACCGUCUCCGUGGGCGUAGGGGGUCCCGAGAGCUACUGCCAGGAGGCGGACAACUACGACUACACUGUCAGCCCCUAUGCCAUCACUCCCCCGCCGGCCGCCGGCCAGCUGCCGGGGCAGGAGGAAGUGGAAGCCCAGCAGUACCCGCCCUGGGCGCCGGGGGAGGACGGGCAGCUGAGCCCCGGCGUGGACACGCAGGUCUUCGAGGACCCGCGGGAGUUCCUCCGCCACCUGGAGGACUAUCUGCGCCAGGUGGGCGGCUCCGAGGAGUACUGGCUGUCUCAGAUCCAGAACCACAUGAACGGGCCGGCCAAGAAGUGGUGGGAGUACAAGCAGGGCUCCGUGAAGAACUGGGUGGAGUUCAAGAAGGAGUUCCUGCAGUACAGUGAAGGCACGCUGUCCCGGGAGGCUAUCCAGAGGGAGCUGGACCUGCCGCAGAAGCAGGGCGAGCCGCUGGACCAGUUCCUGUGGCGCAAACGGGACCUGUACCAGACGCUGUACGUGGACGCCGAGGAGGAGGAGAUCAUCCAGUACGUGGUGGGCACGCUGCAGCCCAAGCUCAAGCGCUUCCUGCGGCCCCCACUGCCCAAGACCCUGGAGCAGCUCAUCCAGAAGGGCAUGGAGGUGCAGGAUGGCCUGGAGCAGGCAGCCGAGCCCGCCGCGGAGGAGGCCGAGGCCCUCACGCCUGCCCUCACCAACGAGUCUGUAGCCAGCGACCGGACUCAGCCCGAGUAGAGGGUGCCGGCCCCGCCUGCCCGCCUGUGGCCCUCACCCACCGGGACUUUUGAGUGGGCCCGCCCCUGCAGGGGAGCCCUUAGUCUCCUCCUGCAGCCGGACGCUCACCUCGGCCUCCUAGCCUGACUCCAACAGACACGCGUGACCCAGAUGCGGGCAGUGUCCCCCAGACAGCCAAGGGGCGCCCCUUCCUCGCAGACCCAGCCCUCACCCUCCCUGCGUCUGUCUUCCCCGCUGGUGGACUGGCCUGAGUCAGCAACCCCGCCCUCCAUCCUCUCAGGCCAUAACAGUUUCCUUAUCCUGCUCAAUGCCUGGGCCCUCUGGGCACUCAGAAACCCAGUGUCCAAAUGGCACGGGCCGGCGCGCACCCAGCUCAAGGAACACCCCAGAGCAGAAGCUCAGGGGCCGCUGGUGCCCCCGCAGCCUGGGCUUCAGGGAAGCUACUUCUCCCGGCAGUCGCCGUGACCGGCUGGCACCCCUGCCGCCCCCCCCCGGGGCAGCUGGCCAGCCUCGGGCAAUGUGGCUCCCUCCCCCUGGAGGAGAGCCCAAGCUCAAGACGCAGCAGCAGCAGCAGUAGCCGCAAUGGCAGCAACAGACCUGGCGACUCGGUGCCUCCUGGCCACUCAGCACCAGUGGAGAGGGACAGAGCCCCGCAAUGACUCACCCACAGCAGGCGGCAGGUCCCCUGGGGCCUGAGUCCUCCAGCCCGGCUGAGGCAGCAGCCGGCCCUCAGAGCCAGGAGAGUUGACGACAGGUCUCCAGGCUCCCACAGAGCCUUUGCUGCUGUGCCCGGCACUGUCCCUUCUCCUCUCUCCCUGCAAGCUGCCUGCACGAGAGGAGAAACCUGAGACCAGAGGAGGGGGCCCAGCAGAGAGCUGGUGGUGAAGAGGGGCCAGCGCGAGGGCCAGGGCCUGCCACUAUGCCCGCCCCGCUGGCUGCCCACUGCCCGCCCGCCCCCAGGGCCGCUGCCUUCCCGGGCCUGGCCUGGCUCCCACCCCGGAGCCCCUGCCCGCUGCGCGGCCACCCUCUGCCGUUAGAGCUUCCGCCACGGCCGCCCCUCCCGGCGGCCCCAGGCCCAGCCCCAGGAGGCCCGGAAGCCUGUGCCCCUGGGGCUCACUCAGGCUCCCUGCCAGGCCCUGCCUUGGCCCUGGCCUGGACCCCCACUGCCCCAGCCACCAACUCCCUGGUGCUGGCCGGCCACCUGUGUCUGCAGCCCAAGCAGGCCUGGUUGGGGGCUCCCAGACUCGGGAGACCAGCUCCCGCAGGAAACUCUGCCUACCCCUCCAUCCCGUGUCCUGCCAGCGCCGCCCCCCGCCCCAGAUUUUAUUUUUGCACAUAAGCCAUAACCUGCCCUCCUCGGCUGGCGCAGGCUACGGGGAGGCCCCAAGGUCCUCAGGGGGGGUGUGGUCAAGUCCCUGCCCCCUGUGGAUCAAGCCUCGAAUGUCAGGCCAGGUCAUGUCCACCCUGCCACCUCACCUGAAGACAGACGCUUUUUCUAAGACUUUGUUAAUAAAACACUGAAACUUA